AUGCCUCGGAGAGUCAUUGACAGACCUGGCGAUACCCCUGGUCGCUCCGAAUUUCCUCUGCACGUCGCAGAGCAUCUUAUAGCUCAAGCGCCAGCACCGUCCCAUAACCGUGCUAAUGGCCGGAGGCCACAUGCACAUCUUGACAAAGAGGAAUUCUUUCGUGCAGAGAGGGCUGGAUUGAAACCUCUAGAGGGUGUACCUCUCCGGGGUCGUCAACAAGAGCUGCCAGUCUUAUGGGCAUAUCCAGCAGAGAACUUCGACUAUUCCAACCAGAACCACUAUGGAAAAGUUAACGGCAAGCCGCCAGGCCCUCAUCGAAUCAUUACUGAUCGCGACAAACGUAUCCAAGGGAUGGUGACUCAUCCAGUGAAUGAUGACAAAAGAUUUGUUCAAGCACCGAAGCGAGUAGAAAUCAAUUAUCGAUAG